UGAAGACCUGACAUCCAAUCGGACGACUGAACCCUCUACACUUAGCAUACUCAAACUUUAAAGUACUUUAUUUACAAGUAAAUAACUCUUGUCGGUAAUGCCCCGCGUGUUUUGGAAUUUUAUUUAACUUACUUAAUUCCCGCCAUAUCUACUGACUUAUAGUUGGUGACGCGUCGCGUAGAGAUAAGUAUGUAUACAUAUUUACUAACAGAAAUCGUAUUUCUGAGAUUUGUAAUAAAUAAAUAAAUAAGACUUUUCAUAAUCAAGUGAGAACUUAAUAAAUUUCGACCGCGAAUUCAAUCAAUAAAAUGGAAUUAAAUCAAAUAAAAAAGUGGACGUGCACCCACUGCUCGAAAGCUUUUAAAACCAAUGCUCAUCUAAGAAGACAUGUCUUCGUUCACGACCCAGUAGGACAAGUAAAAUACGAGAUUUGUGGCAAAACCUUGAGAACUUUGUCCCUUCCAGGCCAUCUCUCGUACGUGCAUGGAAAUCAAGAAAAUUUGCCAUGUGACAUUUGUGGCAAUGAGUUCCGUUCUCUCCCAAAUUUGCGACAGCAUUUAAAAACCGCUCAUUGCGCGACUCCACGAUUAAGAAUUCCAUGCAGAUUUUCUCCUUGUGAGAAAUCAUUUCUGACAAAGGCAAGUCUACAGACGCACUUUAGAACGGAGCAUGACGCAAAUCCGGUUCGAUUUGAUUGUCCCAUUUGUGGCGAGAAAUUUAAACUUAAGGGCGGUUUAACUCAACACCUUGGCACUCAUACGACGGAGAAAUAUUUCAAAUGUGGGACAUGUGGGAGGAGCUUCCUUACGAUGCAGUUACUCAGACUGCACGAGGCGAUACAUUUGGACGAUUCUUCCCGAACAAGAUUUACUUGUCCAGAGUGUCCGCGGACCUUUUUAUCCAACUCUGGCUUCCACUACCAUACAAAAUAUUAUCAUUCGACCCUCAAACAAUAUUCAUGUCCGUCAUGCCAAUUUAAAACUCAAUACAAGAACAGCAUGUCAACCCAUUAUAAGCAGAUGCACGACCUAGUUUCUAGAUUCUUUGAGUGCUAUUUUUGUAGCAGAAAAUUGAAAUCUAGAGGAGGCCUAGAUCGUCAUAUCAAUAUUCAUACGACGGAACGAGAACAAGUGCCGUGCAGUUUUCCCGGAUGCGGGAGUACAUUUUCCAACAAGUAUAGUCUUACCGGGCACUGGAAGAUGCAGCAUGACGAAAAUCCAGUCCGUUAUGGAUGCACCUUGUGCAAAAAGGAAUGCAAAAGUAGGGGAAAUUUGAACAAACACAUUGCCUCUCAUACGAAGGAGAGAACCAACAAGUGUACCAUAUGUGGGUGGACUUUUUUAGAUAUUAGCGCUCUUGUGAGGCAUAGGUGGACACACCAACAAGACUCGACAGGUCAACCAGUUUUCCCUUGCCAAGAAUGCCCUCGGACUUAUCUGGACAAAAGCAGUUUGACGUUUCACGUAAAAAAUUAUCACAGCUCUACACCAGCUAAACAUUCUUGCAACUUUUGCAACUAA